GAGGCUAAACGUAACGGUACGAGACCGCUGUUGUGUCUGUCCGUUUUCCAUCUCCAGUGCAAUGCCCGAGCACCAGUUUCGAGCUGUUGAUUACGUCGUCUUUUUGCUGACAGUCGUUGCUUCUAUUGCCAUCGGCCUCUUCUUUUCGCGAUCUCGACAACGACAGGAGACGACGGCUGAUGAGUAUUUGAUGGCCGGACGAAGCAUGCGAGCCAUACCCGUUGCACUUUCUCUCAUCGCCUCCUUCAUGUCGGCAGUGUCGAUUCUUGGCCUUCCGUCCGAAGUCUUCUAUUACGGCGUGCAAUAUUGGAUGAUUGUUGUGGCCGUCUGUAUUGUCGUGCCUGUCGUGCAAAUCGUUUAUCUGCCAGUAUUUUAUCCUCUCAGACUGACAAGCGUGUACGAGUACUUGCAGAGAAGAUUUUCGUUGGCAGUCAGAUUGAUCGCUUCCUUCAUGUUUAUUGCACAGACUGUUCUCUAUUCAGCUGUUGUCAUCUAUGCCCCAGCCAUUGCUUUAAAUGCAGUGAGCAAUUUUCCUACAUGGGCAAGCAUCCUCACAGGUGGCGCUGUUGCUACCAUCUACACAACACUGGGUGGUAUGAAAGCUGUCAUCUGGACGGAUGUGUUUCAGUCUGUUGUAAUGCUGGGAGGACUUUUGACUAUGAUCAUUAUGGGAAUCGUUCAUGUAGGAGGAGUGAGUGUUGUUUUUGAGAGAGCUUGUGAUGGAGGAAGACUUAAUUUUUUGAAUUUUAAUCCUGAUCCUACCCAACGUAUGUCAUUUUGGACACUUGCAGUUGGUGGAAUAUUUACUAUGCUCCAAAGGUGGGGUGUUGGACAGACAUCUGUACAACGCAUGCUCACGUCACGUAGUGCCCAUUCAGCUAAAAGGUCUUUUUGGCUGAUGAUGCCUUUGACAAUUCUGUCAAUAACAAUUUGCAGUGUUGUUGGUCUUGUCAUCUAUGCAGUUUAUUCUAAUUGUGAUCCAUUGGAAGCUUGCAUUAUUCAGAAGAAGGACCAAAUUCUACCAUUCUAUGUUGUUGACAUUUUGGGUGAUGCUUAUGGUGUUCCUGGUUUAUUCCUGUCUGCACUGGUUUGUGGCACACUGAGCACUAUUUCAUCUAAUCUUAAUUCGAUUUCUGCUGUCACCUUGGAGGAUUUUAUUCGCCCAAGAAGACCACAUAUGACAGAAAGAAGAGCAACCAUUGUCUCCAGGAGUCUUGCCUUUGGGUAUGGUGUAGUUGUUGUGUUGCUGUCAUUUGGUUUUGCUCAUGCACAUACGUCACAGCUAAUCAUGGCCAGUCAGAGUGUCUUUGGUGCAACAGGUGGACCACUGCUUGGAGUCUUCACACUAGGAAUGCUUUCUAGAAAGGCUAAUCAUAGGGGAGCUCUUUUUGGGCUUGGUGUUGGAUUGUUCUUGACAAGCUGGAUCGCAAUUGGAGCUGAGAUUUUUCCUAAUAAGCAAUGGAAACAACUUCCAGUUUCGACUUCAGAAUGUAAUACCAGUUCAUUCAUCACAAUUGCUAGCAAUAUGACGUCAUGCCAUAACACAUCGGAACAUGUUCUUCAGUAUGACAAAGCUCGUGACCUUUAUAAGGUUUCUUUUAUGUGGUACGGUUUUAUUGGAUUUCUCUCUACAUUUGUGAGCGGCUAUGUGGUGAGUUGGGCACUACCUGCAAAAGCAAAGCCGGUGGACAGAGCUCUUCUUGCAACAUUUAUGCGUCGUCAACAUCGGUCAUUGACAGAUGACAAUUCGGGUGAUGGUUCUAGAUCCAGAGGUCAGAAUGUUAAGAUGGAUGAUCAUACUGAGGAAUUGUCAGAUGACCACGAGGGUAAUCUUGUUGAUAGAAUUCAGCCAUCUGACAGCACGGUGUUGCUACAGGAGUCAGAAUCAGACUUAUGAAUUAUGAUUUACAGAAAAUGUAUGAAACUUGCUUAGCAGUUUGUUCGUCUUCAACAUAGAUUGAUGAAAUUUUUUCGAGUGUUUAGUUAUGUGCUUUGGACAGAGAAAUAAGAGAUACUGUUGAUUAAGAACUGCCUUAUGUUUUCUUAUUACAUUAUUGGAACUUUGUAAAAUUGCACUUGAGCUAGAUUGUAUUAUAGUUGUGUCUUUAAUAAAUAUUUACCAAUUGCUGAACCUACUUUGUCCUUUCCAUGUACAAGUUUGUUUGGAGAAAUGUUUACAGCUUGUGGCUGGUGUGCCAGCUUAGCAAUGUCUUUUGAGGAAAAGACUUGCAGAGUCGAGCAAGCAACGACGACAUAGAGUCACUGUGGAUAAGAUGGUUUGUUGAUUCAAUUAGUCAAAUUAUAUGUCGUAACAUUGGUAUUCAUGCAUCAAUAUUUUCUAAAAUAGCACAGCCUUGUAGCUGAUUGUCUACUACAUGUUUGAAGCCAUGGAUAAACAGUACGUGUCUCCUUUCUUUCUGCUCUCAUGUUACUUAUACGUACACAAACAAAUUGA